AUGAGUUACACGAAGUUGGAAAUUGUUAUUUCUGCACCUACUCAAUGGCUUUUGGAUUCAAGGAUAGAAGCUUUUGAAGAAGUGUGCCUAACUGCAAUCUCAUUUUUAGAAAUGAGAGAACAAAAGGGUCAUAACAUUCAAAAUGCUACAAUUAAUUUUAAUAACGUCAAAGUAAAAAUUGUGUUUAUGGAAACUGGAAUUUGGAUCCGAAGAGUCGGAUUUUCAAUCGAUGACAUAUUGGAUGCAGGCAGCUAUCAUGGAUUUAAAUUAACAUUUGAGGUUCCUUCUCUUUGGGUGGAUCAUCAGACCGAUUUCCAAAAAUUAACAAAAGCUUUUAUUGUUGCUGCAAUUAGAGAAGAUUUAAGCUUUACUGUUCAAGGAGCCUGUGAACAAAUGGAUAAAGAUAUCUCCGUUUGGAGUGAGAAAUAUGAUGAUGUGAUGGAAUUGGGCAUGGUGGACCACCUGAGUGAGGGAGAACAGGAUACAGUAGUGGACAACGAGAGUGAGGAAGAGCAAGAUCUAGUGGUGGUGGACAGUGAAGAAGAGCAAGUGGAAGAGGAGGAGCGUGAGGGAGUGCAAGAUGUACCUGAGAGUGAGGGAGAAAAAGAUAUUGUGGUGGUCUUGGACAGUGAGGAAGAACAAGUGAAAGGGGGUGAGCAAGAGGAGGAGGAGCGUGAAGGAGAGACUGUGCAUGAGAGUGAGGGAGAACAAAAUAUAGUGGUUGAUGAUAAGAGUGAGAAAGAACAAGAUCUUGUGGUGGUGAACAGUGAGGAAGAACAAGUGGAAAAGGAGCGUGAGGAAGAGACUGUGCAUGAGAGUGAGGGAGAGGAGAUUAUGAAUGAGAGUGAGGGAGAGCGAGAUAUGGAACUUGAAAGUGAGGGAGAGAUGGAUAAUGAACUUGAGAGUGGGGGAAAGCGAGAUAUGCAAGAUGAGCGUAAGAGAGAGGGAGAGCGAAAUAUGCAAGAUGUAGAUGAAAGCGAGAAAGAGCGUGAGAGCGAGGGAGAGCGUGAAAUACAAGAUGUGCAUGAGGGAGAGCGUGAUAUGCGAGAUGUGCAUGAGGGAGAGCGCGAUAUGCAAGAUGUGCAUGAGAGCGAGGGAGAACGAGAAAUGGGUCAUGAGAGCGAGGGAGAGCGAGAAGUGGGUUAUGAGAGUGAGAGAGAGCGUGAUAUGGGUUAUGAGAGUGAGAGAGAGGGAGAGCGUGAUAUGGGUUAUGAGAGUGAGAGAGAGGGAGAGCGCGAUAUGGGUUAUGAGAGUGAGAGAGAAAUAGAGAUGGGGGAUGAACACCAGGAGCCGCAACACCCAACUGUGGUAGCUCCACAGCAGACGGAGAGCACUACUGCACCUCUGAACGGCGCAAAGACAUGUCCUAAUAAGGCAAAAGGCGUUAAUAAACGCCCCAGGGAAGGUACAAGCCCAGAUGCGAGUCCGCGACGGGCGACUCAAGGCGGGAAGAGAAUUAAGCGAAAGGAGGCUCCACAGCUUGGUUCUGAGUCGCUGGUUAGAGCAAGAGAGGCGCCCUCAAACAGUCCUGGCAAGUCGUAUGCUGAGACCGUCUUGAGGGACGGAGCGGACAAUGGAGACGGUUUCAAGGUUGUUAAAAACAAGGAGAAACGGACUCCAAAAGAGAAACCCUCAGGUGAGAAAAAGGAGCUUCCGAAGCCCCCUUUGAAGCUAAGGAGCACGGAAGCUGUUAAAAUUACGGCAAGCGACCCAAAGUUUUAUGAGGAUGCACUGUCUUCGGCCCUGCAUGGUAAAGCUGAGGUCACACCUCUAGUGAAUAAAAGGUCUCUAGAGAUUAAGGAUUUGGACGAAGCCACCUCAGAGGAUGAGGUAAAUGCAGCACUAAGAGAAAAGCUGGGUAAACCUGACCUGAAGAUGGAGUGUCGACUUUUGCCGCGCUACAGAGGAACUAAGGUUGCUCUACCUUUCAGAGACCAAGAGCCGCAAUUUCCAACUGUGGAAACUCCACGGCAGACGAAGAGUGUUAUUGCAACCCGGGAUAGCGCGGCUGCAGGCGCAACUAAGACGAAAAAGGUUAAUAAGCGCCCUAGGGAAGGGGUAAGCCCGGAUGUGAGUCCACAACGAGCGACUCAAAGUGAAAAGAGGAUUAAGCGAAAGGAUGCUCCACAGCUUAAUCCUGAGUCGCUAGUUGAAGCAAAAGGGGCGUCCUCAAGUAGUCCUAGUAAGACGUAUGCCGAUACCGUCUUGAAAGACGGAGCGGACAUUGAGGAUGACUUUAAGGUUGUUGGAGAAAGAAAGAAACGGGCUCCAGGAAGAAAGACCAAAGGCGAGAAAAAAGAGCUCACGAAGCCCCCUUCGAAACUCAGGUCCACGGAAGCUGUGAAGAUCACGGCAAGAGACCCAAAGUUUUACGAGGGUAUCUUGCCGCUGAUAAAAGAAAAGGUUAAACCUGAAGAUACAGGCACCGUGGUACAGAAAAUCAGGAGAACUUUUAAACAGGAAGUUCUCCUGAUAGUGAAAAAGGGUGGAGAGACCUUAAAAUUUGCGAAAAGUCUGUCCUUGGCCCUGCAUGGCAAGGCCGAGGUCAUACCUCUUGUAAAUAAGAGGUCUCUAGAAAUCAGAGACCUGGAUGAAGCCACUACAGAGAGUGAGGUGACUUCAGCAUUGGAAGAAAAGCUAGGCAAGUCCGACCUGCCUAUAGAGUGCAAAUUACUGCCGCGCUACAAAGGAACUAAGGUUGCUCUAAAUCCGCUUGGCAGAAGCAGAAAGUGA